GCAAGACAGAGGCUGUCAUCAGGAACUUCAGCCCGCACUACCGGCGCCAGCACGCCGUGACUUUCUGCCGGCACGUGCAGGAGGAGCUGGAGCAGCACCGGGAUUCCCAGUCCCGCUUCCUGAAAACCAAGCCCCCUCUGGAAGCUGGGACAGUGCUGUACGAGGCAGAGGUGCUGCAUUUUGCUGAGGAGCUGAGGAAGUGGAAGGACCGAUAUGUUGUUAUCAAAAACGACUACACUGUGGAUUGCUUUGAGACUAAGGAGGCCUACCAGAAGGGAGCCAGCCCUAAAUACCAUGUUCUUCCUGCAGGAGGCAAAGUUCUGACUUCAGAAGAGGAUUACAAUUUGCUGUCUGACAAACAUUUUCCUGACCCUGUUGGGCCCAGUGAGAAGGAGGUGGCUCAAGCCUUCGUUCCGCUGCCCAGGGAGUUCCCGGUGUUCCUGUGGCAGUCCUUCUCCCGCCACAGCUGCUACUGCUUCCCGGAGCCCGCGGCUCAGCGGGAGUUCAGCGCCGUGCUGGGCGACUGCGUGAGGCACUCCAACCAUGAUUUCCUCAAGCAGAGCACGUAUGAAGUCGAGGCGUUCCUAGAGGCCGUUCAGUUCUUCCGGCAGGAGAAGGGCCACUACGGGACGUGGGAAAUGAUCACUGGCAAUGAGACAGAGGUCCUGAGCAACUUAGUGAUGGAGGAGCUCCUGCCUAACCUUCAGACAAUGAUCCUGCCUAAAAUGAAAGGGAAGAGGAAUGACAGGAAGAGGGCCUGGCUUGGGAUUGUAGAAGAAACUUACAGCCUGGUCCAGCAGCAGGUGGCAGAAGGACUAAGUGCCUUGAAAGAAGAAUGCAGAGAUUUUGCAAAAAACCUUGAAGGAACUAUUCGCUCGGACAUGGAUCAGAUUCUGAACUCCAAGAACUACUUAGCUGGAAAAAUCAGAGCCACUGUUUCUGAGCCUGCCCAGAAGUGCUGCACAGAAAAUAUCCAGCCAUUCCUUGCCUCCAUAUUAGAGGAGCUGAUGGGCCCAGUGAGUUCUGGAUUCACCGAAGUCCGCUCACUUUUUGAUAAAGAAGUUAAUGAAAUCAUCCAGGACUUCCAGAAGACAAAUGACAUCACCAAGCUAAAGAAGAAUGUGGAUCAGUUGAUGAACCUACCAUUCAACUCUGUGAAAAUGGAGCCCUGCUACCUGAAAGUGAACCUCCUCCAGGAGCUCCUCCAGGACCUCAAGAGUCGCUUCAAGGUGUAUCACAUUGAUUUUGUGAUUCAGAGGACACAGAACUUCAUGCAAGAGCUGAUGGAAAAUGCAGUUUAUACUUUUGAGCAGUUGUUCUCUCCAAGUCGCCAGGCGGACUCGGCGAAGGUUGCAACAACCAUUGAAAAAGUCAAGCUGAGAGUACUGAAGCAAUUUGAUUAUGACAGCAGCACUAUCCGUAAGAAGAUAUUUCAAGAGGCACUGGUACAGAUCACUUUGCCCACCAUGCAGAAGGCACUGGCUUCAACCUGCAAACCAGAGCUGCAGAAAUACGAGCAGUUCAUUUUUGCUGAUUACACCAGUGUGAUCCAAGUAGAGAAUGUGUAUGAGGAGAUUUUGUAUCAGACGCUGCUUGAAGAAACCCUGAAAGUGAUUAAAGAAGCUGCCAUUAUGAAGAAGCACAACCUCUUUGAAGACAACUUGAACCUGCCCUGCGAAAGCGUGUCCAGCUUGGCAGAGCUGAAGACCCCCUCGGGAUCAGCACAGACCACCCCUGCCAAGAAGCCUUCGGGAGCCCCGGGCGGGACGUGCGGGACGGAGGCGCCGAGCGACGAAACCCUGGUGGUGACAGCACAGAUGUCCUGGGAGAAGGAGGCUGAUGAGCAAGAGGCAUCAGACACAGAGGCAGGCACUGCUGUGCAAGCAGCUGCUGGGCAGGAGAGCCAAAGGGAAGACGUGGACGUGACAGGCGGCAGCAAAAAUCCAGCCAUGCUUACACGAGAAGUUGCGGAGGGAAAAAGCGCUUUGGAGAAUGAAGACGGGGUGAAAGCAGAGGGUGUGGUGACCACUGAGAGGGAGCUUAAGACACAGCAAGAAGCUGUGGAGGAGAAAGUAGCUCCUGGCACUGAAACUGCAGUGAAAGAUUGUGGAGCCAGCCCUGAAAAAGAACACCAGGCACAUGAAGUAGAGGAAGAGGUCACUUCUGGGAGUGAAACGGCAGGAGAUGCUGUGUGUGUCAGUGGCACUGAAACAGAAAGCAAAGCACAGGAAGAAGUUGCUGAGAUCAAGGUGACUUCCCCACAUGGUAAUGUAGCAGAAGCUGAGAUUUUAGGGAAUGCUGAAAAGAAAAUCAAGAUAGAAAAAGAAAUUACGGGAAAAUUAUCUCAGAGUGACAAUGAGGUAGGAACAGAGUUUGAAGAGGAGAGUGAAAAGGAAAGCAGUGACCAAGGAGCAAGUCCUGUGACAAGGGUUAUUUCCAAGGAUGAAAACAAAGGGAAAGGGGGGGUUGGGGAUAACCCUGAAAAAGAAAGCAAGUCAGAAGAAAAGAGUUGUAAAUCUCCUGAUGAUGUCAGUGAGAUAAGGAGUUUGCUUAUGUUAACAGUUGAGAUACCAGCAGCUACUCCAGCUGAGAACAUAAAGGAGAUUUGUGAAGGUGAGAUACUGAAGUUGCAGGAGCACAAUAAAGGGAAGGAGGAGCUGAGCAAAGUGGCUGCAGCAGAAAGUGAAGUGAGCCAGAUAAUCAUGAAUAAAGAUAGAGCUGAAUGCACAGAGUUCAGGGAGGAGGGACUGUCUAUUUUGGAGACAGAUUGUAGGAAUUUAGUGGAUGUAUCUGAGGGGUCCUGCAAGAUGGUGCAAGAAGAAUGGCUGGUGGAAAGCUCGGAUAUGUCUCAGGAGGCAAAGGCAGGGGUGGAGAUGAAGCAAAGCAUUUGGUACACAGGUGCGGGAAGCUGCCACAGUGAUAGAUUGCAGCCAGGGGGAUGCACUGAACCCGUGUCUGAAGGCAAGAGAUUAUCUGGGGGGGAGGGAGGGGCAGGGGGUGGCCAUGCUGUCCCACUGGAGGGAGGGACUGAGAGCUUUUCUCAUAGCUCUGCUGAAAAUGCCUGCACAGCACCAGGGCCCAUGUUGGAUACAGAAAACCCAAGAACAGGACUGCUGGACCUGCUGGUGUCUGUGGUGCCAGAGCAGGGCCAGGUUAGCACCCUGGAGCUCACAGCAGACCCAGGGCCUGGUGAGAGCAAAGGGAAGCCAGAAAAUGAAUUGUCCUCACACACAGAGAUAAUAAGCAGAGGAGUAAAAGAGAAUUUCACAGAAGAAAGCAGAGAAGAUGGUUAUGCACAGCAAGUCUCCGAAGAGUAA